GGGUUCAAGACUAAUGAGGAAAGAAUGUAGGUUUAGUCUUGGGGCCCACCCCCCAACGACUUGUCCUAAAAGGGUGGGAGAAUGGGGUGAACAAAUAAGGGUGACAGAAGCUGUCAGAGAUAACACUCUGGUUUAAAAAUAUUCAAGUGUGAGUAAACAGGAGCUGAGUGGGUGAGGGCUUUGGAAGGAUAGUCAGAGCCAGCAGAACAUUCCAGAUUGAGUGGGUGGGAAACUUGGCAGAGACCUGAGCAAGAAGAAGGGGCCUUUGUCUCACAGACAAACGACAAGGCCAGGCAUUAGGUCAGAGCAGCAGCAGAAGCCAUGUCCAGUCUCAUCCUUGUGAUCUGUCCCCUGGGUGGCCUGUCUUCUUCCCUGUCCCUGUAAAUAAAGUUUGGGUCUGAUGACCAAGUGUUGUACCUGGGGUACCACUGUGGUAGCUUUUCUGAACGAGAGAGCCAUGUUUACUCACAAAGGGAUUUUUAGCCAAAAAGAGAAGAAUAAACUACCUGGACAGAAAAUGCGUCUGGAGAAGGACAGAUUCUCUGUCAACCUGGAUGUGAAGCACUUCUCCCCUGAGGAACUCAAGGUCAAGGUGCUGGGAGAUGUGAUUGAGGUGCACGGCAAACAUGAAGAACGCCAGGAUGAACAUGGUUUCAUCUCCCGGGAGUUCCACAGGAAAUACCGGAUUCCAGCUGAUGUGGACCCUCUUGCCAUUACUUCAUCCCUGUCAUCUGAUGGGGUCCUCACUGUGAAUGGACCAAGAAAACAGGCCUCUGGCCCUGAGCGCACCAUUCCCAUCACCCGUGAAGAGAAGCCUGCUGUCACUGCAGCCCCCAAGAAGUAGAUGCCCUUUCUCUAAUGCAUUUUUUAAAACAAAAUUUCCCCACCAGUGAAUGAAAAUCUUGUGACUAGUGCUGAAGCUUAUUAAUGCUAAGGGCAGGCCCAAAUUAUUAAGCUAAUAAAUAUCAUUCAGCAACAGA